CGCCACAACAGAACAACAAACGAAGAGUGGCGGAGCGAUUUUCGUGAUUUUUGUGAAGUAGAGAUGGCUGCAGGGAUAAAAUACAUAUUCCAGAAGGACAUUUUCGAUGCGCUCGAUGAGCGCAUCAUAUCGGUGUGCAACGUGAGCAAGCUGUUGAAGAAGAAAAAGACAUCCUAUCUGUGCAUCGUCCAGACUUCCAAACCCAGCAUCGUCGUCAGCGUUUGCCAGAUUAAGCAGCACGAUAAGGGCGUUUACAAGAAAAAACGAAGCUGGUCGUUGGAAGAGGUAAAGUGCGUGGAUGGGCGGAACGAUGCUCCGGACACGCACGAGUUCGAUAUCGUUCUGGACAAACCGUACCGCUGGUUUGCCACCAAUCUGCACGAACGCCAGAACUUUAUCUCCGUACUGUGGAAGCAGAUCCACAAACACUGCCCCGCAGGCCAACGGGCAGAAUUCAGGAAUGUACCCAAGGCCUGGCUCUCGGAGAAAUCGCCGGAGAAACAAGCCGCAAGCGGGAAGUACGCUCAUCGCGACGGAAAUGAAAGCAUCAACGACGACGAUCUGGAUGGCCUGGAAAAUGAGGACUUUCACGCGCUCACCGAAAAGGAGGAGCUCAAUUUGAAUAAACUCAUUUCCGGAUGCGACUACGCUAUCAGCAACGCCGAACUGUUCAUGGAAGACUUGAGUCACAACCUGCUGGAGCUGGAUGGAGCGAACAUUCAGAGUGUUCUGGCUUCGGAAAAGCAGGUGCAACUUUUGAUGGAAAGAAUUGAAGAGGCGAUCAAUGAGGCCGAAAAAGUGGAGCAACGUUUGGAUAGCUACGAUGAAAUUCUUUGUCACGUACGGGACACGAUGGAAAAGAUGGGAGAAAAGAACCAGAUGAUCGAAAUAGCGAAUGGAAACAAUGUACGGCUGCUGCAGGAGCUGGAAAAAGUGGUGUCCCAACUCGACCUUCCCCAUGCCCACCAGCUCGCCCUUACUGACACGGAUUUAACACCGAAAGGUCUUCCCGCAGCCAUUGCCGCAGGGAAAGCCCUGCAAAUGGCCAUGAACAGUGACAUAGAUCCGGCACUCUUACGGCUAACGGCCGUACAGGAUCAAAGGAAGCGGUUUGAAAAAUGGAAAGCAAAGUUCUCCCAAACCAUCAGUCGCCACCUCAACAAUCUGUUCAUUCACCUAGGGAAUCUGGGUGAUUCGCAGGAUUCGAGCUCCAGCGAAAUCGUCCUUCCCAAGCACCAUCACGUCCACAAAGAACUGUCCGCCUUGAUGGAACUGAUGCACUGGAUGAAGGCGAUGGAUCGCAAAGCGUACGACGCACUGAUCAAAUUAUACACCACUUCGUCGCUGAACAAAGUAUACGAUCGUGAGAUCCGCACAUUUUUUGAGAACGCCAAGCAGGCACUGGCUGCGAAACGUUUCAAUUCACGGGAGGACGUCAAUAGCAGCCUCAUGAGCAAUAAGCUGAAGUUGGGUCCUCAGGCUAGCAAGCAGGCGGCCCAGCCUUAUGGAAUUUUGGGAGUCACAAAGGAGCUGUGGGCACCGGGGGCUGACCCGUCCGAGAGACAGCGGUUCGACUCGAUCCUGGAAAAAGUGCUGGCCGAGCUGGAACCAGUCGCCUUGAGCGAGCAGCAUUUUUGCAUCGCCUUCUUUCAGCUGGAUGUCAUCAGUCCCACUGGGAAAAAUACGCAAACCACUUUGGAAGCAGGUACUUUUACGGAAAUUUCUGCAGCUGUGCCGCCAAAGGACGACCGAGAAAUGCCGGGCCAAAUUCCCCAGCGACGACUAGAUCGGCAGAUUAACGAAGAAGUUCGGAAAAUGAUGGGCGAACUGUUCAACAACCUCGAAUCAGAGCUGAACAGCUUCAUUUUGAGUUUCGAAAAACUGGAUAGCUACUACUCUCUCUAUGUCCUGGUACGCCUUACGCAACACGUCAUGUCUGCACAGGAUGCACAGUCCUUUUUGAGCAUGACCUUCGCAUCAGCACUAGUGCAUGUGAAGCGUAGCUUCGACAAAUUCAUGCAGGUGCAGUUGCAAUCUGUGGACGAGGCCAAAGUUCCAAAGCGUUCGAAAUGUGGCCUACUACCAUACGUAGAAAACUUUGAAGAGUUUGCAGUGACCGCAGAAAGCAUAUUUAAGAAAACUGAGCGUCGAAACGAUCUUGAUAAGUGGUACAUUAAACUGGUUGAAGCUAUCUUUGAGCGCAUACCUGCCCACGCAGUGGAGCAUCCCAAAACACCGCAUCAAGUGAUUAAAAUGGAAAAUUAUCAUCGCAUGCACUCGACACUAUCACAAUUGAAGGUUCAAGUAUUAGAAGGGCUACGCAAGGAAGCCAAAACGCGUUACAACGAUGCACAAAAGGCGUAUGUUACGAAAUAUUUUGGGCGUCCUUUAGAGAAAUUGAACCAAUUCUUCGAAGGAGUUCAAGUGCGUGUUCAACAAGGCGUAAAGGAUACCGAAAUAAGCUACCAAAUGGCGUACUCCAAACAAGAACUACGCAAAGUAAUUAGCUUGUAUCCGGCGCGAGAAGUUAAAAAAGGGCUAGAGCAAUUAUACCGAAAGGUGGAAAAACACCUUUGCGAAGAAGAAAAUCUACUGCAAGUGGUGUGGCGCGCAAUGCAGCAAGAAUUCAUAACCCAGUAUAACUCAUUGGAACAGUGGAUUCAGCGAUGCUAUGCCGGAUCAAUGAUUACCCUCGAGUUUACGAUUAACGAUAUAUUGGACUUCUUUUCGGAAAUUGCACAGUCGCAUUGAGUUUGUUAACCCUGGCCUUACUCUCGUUAUCAAAUAUAUUCAAUAAACCGGCCCAUCGUCGAGAUUAUCAUCCUCUUCGUUGUAGGCUUCACCAUUAUCGAAA